AAAACGGUGUACGUAGCUAACUAACUGUAGACUAACUUGCAAGACAUACAAUACGAGUAAAAUACAAAACGACGCCCCAGUCUUUCGGCCAUUGCUAGAGACUCCAAGAGUGGAACCAUGGAUGUGGUGCGGUUAUUUACAAACCUACUAGCAGUGCACAGACAGCAGCUACAGGCCCUAGCUGUACAGGGGGAGAUCCAGACUGAGGCUCUGGCACAGUUACUGGAGAAGGAGGAGCUCAGGAGAAUGGAGCCCGAUGUGAAGAUGGAGGAGGUGAAGGAUCCUGAGGCCUACCUGCUGCUUUUGGAGAAGGCAGGCUCCAACUCCAGGCUUUCUAAUGUGAAGUGGGGUCUCCUUGGUGGGGAGCGCCUCAGGUCAGGCGAGCCAGACUACGAGACACUGAGGGCCAGCCUGCGGAGCCAAGUCAGGGCAGAAGAGAGCCGACGGCAGCAGGACUUCAGCUCUCUGAGGUACGACCCUGAGAGAGGGCCCAGGGAUUUGGGGCAGGGACUGGAGAGUGCUGCCCAGCACUGGCUCCGGCCUGAGAGGAGAACGGCUGCGGAGGUGGUGAGGUGUGUGGCCCUGCAGAGGUUUGUGUCGCUCCUGCCCACAGACGUUGGAGACUGUGUGCUGAAACAGUGCCCCCAGGACAUGGAUGAGGCUAUCUACAUGGCUGAGGAGUACCUGAACAACACACCUGGGAAUAAGAGCAGUGAGAUGGACAACCACGCUGAUGGAGAGGGAUACCCUGCAGACCAACUGAGAGAGGAGGAAGAAGCAGGACAUGCAGAACAUCAAGUUAACAGUGAGAAGAUGAAAGUCACAAGACCGCGGCCAGGGUUGUUUCUGAAGAGGAUAGACUUUUCUAAAGUCUGCCAGUCCAGUAGUUUCAAUAUAGAUGCCAGACAUCUGGAGGACAUUUACAGUGAGGAGAGGAGACUUGAUGGGGAAGAUGAUUUGGUUGAGGAAGACAAUUUUGCUGAACAUGAGGACUGGAUUAAGGAGGAGAUAAAAUACAAUAACCAGGCUGAGGUAGAGGGUGAGAUCAGGUCAGCCUCUGAGAUGGCACAGUCUGCUGAUGUGGCUAUAAAUACUGAGAAUGUUGAGAGGGGUCAGUUUAGAAACAUAGCAAAUCAAAUGCCCGUCUUUGGAAGGGCCAAGAGAGGUGUAUCUGCCCCUGACAUCUCCUCGUCCAGCCCUAACACCGCCGAGACAGAGGGAGAAACACACUGCUGCCUGAAGCGGAAAAACAAAGAAGAUCCCUCCCAUAGACCAAGCCACUGCUGUCAUGACUGUGGUAAGAGCUACAAACGAGCUGCAUUUCUCAGCAAACACAGUUGCAGUGCCUUCCCUAAAUUCAUCUGUCCUGACUGUGCCCAAAUCUUUGCCUCUCAGAAAUGCCUGACCCACCACCGCAGGAGCCAUAAUAAGGCUCUGGGCUGCUCUGAGUGUGGGAAGCAGUUUAGGGACAAGUAUAAUCUGAAAUGUCACAUGAGGACCCACACAGGUGAGUCCCCUUAUACCUGUACAGACUGCGGGGACGUCUUUGCUCAGCUGAAAGGGCUGCAGGAGCACAGGAACAUCCACACAGAAGAAAGGCCAUUCCGCUGCAGUGUGUGUGGGGAGGGCUUCCACCACAGCCACACCCUGACAAAACACAAACUUCUUCACUCCCAGGAGUCUUUCCUCUGUACUCGCUGUGGAAAGAGCUUUAAACUAAAUGACGACUUGCUGAGGCAUCUGAGGACAGUGCAUGAUGAAAGCAUGUACCUAGAUGGAGAUCUGGGUUUUCAUCAGAAUGGAGACAUUUCACCAAGGCCCUAUUGGAAUUGACUCUAUUUAAUAGGGCUUGCGAAGCAAGAGUCCCCACUUUAAAUCUUCGUCAUAAUUCCUCUUAUUAGUAAGGCUUGUGAGAAGCAUUCUCUUACAUUGUUUUAAGCUAGAAACAUCAUUCAAACUUUAAAACGUGCAGAACAGUCAGGACCAGUGUGUUUGCAUUCAACUUUUUGAUAUAUUUUAUACUUUUUAAACUAUUAAGCUUUUAGUCCUUUUUCACUUUCAUGGGAUUUCUUCAACAUUCUAAAUGUACCAUUGUGACAUCAACUCCCAGACUUCCAACAUUCCAUUUACUGUGAACAAUGCAACUUUUGACACAAAUCAGAUACUUUGACCACUUUCCCAACCACAGUUAGACAAAAAGUUAGAGCGUAUGAAAUCUUUCUCUGCUAUUCAAAUCUAGAAUUGGAAAAACUAAAGUAUCUCCUACCAGUCUAACUAUCUGUUUUUAGUAACCACAUUAAUUUUUUUUUAUAAACAACUGACAUUUUGACCACUUUCCCAGAAAUGUAGACAAAAUCUUACAGGGUAUGACAUCUUUGUCUACUUCUUUGGUAUUCAAAUCUGGAAUCAGAACAAAAUGAUUGACUGCUAAUCAGAAGUUACAGCUGUCUGAGUUUAGAGUGAUGAAAAGCAGCCAGCUAACGCCAGCUAACCGCUCUCUAGCUUGUCAUUGAGCAGCCCAAAUAGCCGUUGCUAUGGAUACUUGCAAAAACGUAAAGGUUAUGACAUCUUGGUCUACAUCUCUGCUAUUCAAAUCAGAACAGAAUGAUCUUCUACCAAUCAAAAGUUCCACAGUUUGUCUGAGUUUCGAGUGAUGAAAAGUAGCUAGCUAACGCCAGCUAACAGCUGUCUCAUGCCUCGUCAAAUUGUAUAUGCAGGGCUUCCUUGUGAAAGAGACCCUGGUCUCAUUGGUGACUCCCUGCUUAAAGGUAAAAUAAAAGAAUUGAGCAGCCCAAAUGGAGCCAUUGCUAUGGAUACUCGCAAAAACAUAGAGGGUAUAACAUCUUGGGCUCUGCUAUUUAAAUUUGGAAUCAGAACAGAAUGUUCUUCUACCAAUCAAAAGUUACUACUGUUUGUCGGAGUUUAUAGUGACAAAGUAGCUAGCUAACAUCAGCUAAAAGCUUUCUCAUGUCUCAUCAUUGAGCAGCCCAAAUGGAGCCGUUGCUAUGGAUACCAAUGCAUUUCAAUGGCAAAAAAAGGGCCAUAGACUACAAUGGUAAAUAAAAAAAUAAAAACUA